GCAUACAUAGAAACACGUAGACACAUCGUACCCGUGUAAGUGUCUACGGAGUAAGGUUUGUAUCUCACAACUUUAGCCUUCAAGGAUACGAGAUCAAACCGCCAUAACCCUAGGCGGGUAAUUUAGAUCCAAAACCUCGGAGGAUCACUCAUCUUACCUACCGAAAACAUACAAAGCAACAAACUAGCAGAGAGAAAGUUACAGAUACUGAAGAUGGCAGAAACAAAUCAUGCCAGCAAUAAUGGCAAGGAUAACACAGCAGAGCAUCAUAAACUCGCCCUGAUGCGAGCAUUUGUCGAAAGCCGUGAUCCCUCUUCUAAGGAGGUAGAUGACUUGGCAUUGAGAAGAUUCUUAAGAGCUCGUGAUCUAAAUGUGGAGAAGGCGAGUGGCAUGUUCUUAAAGUAUUUGAAAUGGAGGACAACUUUUCUACCAAAAGGCUGUGUCACAGAGGCAGAGAUACAGCAUGACCUUUCUCAGAACAAAAUUCAUCUAGGAGGCCAAGACAAGAAAGGACGCCCAAUUGUGGUUGCAUUCGCAGGUCGCCACUACCAGAAUUCCAAAUCAGGGGGUCUUGAUGAGUUCAAGCGUCUUGUUGUGUAUACUCUUGACAAGUUAUGCGCAAGGAUGCCCGUUGGACAGGAAAAGUUUCUUGCUAUAGGAGAUCUUCAAGGAUGGGGAUACUCCAACAGUGACAUCCGAGGAUAUCUUGGGUCUCUCUCUAUUUUACAGGACUGCUACCCGGAAAGACUAGGGAAGCUGUACAUAGUGCACGCGCCAAAAGUCUUUAUGGCAGUAUGGAAGAUUAUCUACCCCUUUAUUGAUGACAACACCAAAACUAAGAUAGAAUUUGUGGAGAAGAAACAGCUGAAAUCAACCAUGCUACAAGACAUUGAUGAGAGCCAACUCCCAGAUAUAUAUGGAGGCAAAUUUUCAAUAGUGCCCAUUCAAGAUGCCUGAAGAUACUAUAUAGCUCACAAAGCCAGGAGGACAUCCUUCAAGAACCACAAUCGUCUAAAAAACUGUGUGAUUCUACCACCAUGAUCACUCCCCUUGACAAUCCCUGGACAAGUGCGUCUUCUCUGAAUUGGCAGGCAGAAUUCACUAUAUUCUAUGUAACUAACGUUGAAUUAUGAAAUACCAAUGACUGUAUGAUGUACCUGCAUGCCAUGUUGAUGUUAUCAUCAUGGAAAAGGAAUAAAUGUUAUUAGUUCUUAUCAGA